GACUUGUAUGUGACCGACGCAGGAAGUGGUCACACCGAAAGGCGCCUUUUCUGAGCUCAUGUUGUCAGGCAAAAAAAGAAAAAAAAAAAGAACUAGCUACCCCGGGAUGGAAAAAGGCAAAGUUAUGCUAAAUGUAAAGAAACAACAUGGCUGCUAAAAAGAAGCGCACUCCAAACACACAGAAUGACAGCUGGGUUGUUAUCGCCGCAGACUCAGUAACUGAAACACAGAAGCACGACUGUGAUCCAGAUUUCGUGAAGCUCAGGAAUCCCUCUACAGAAGAGGCGUCUCUGUAUUUGCUCGGUGCCGGUGAUGUGCAGCUGUACGAGGUCAAGGCGUUUGAAGAAGACUUCCACUCCUGGUUCGUUGGACAGACCGUACAGAGAGAUGGAAAACUUCUCUUCGUAACACAGAUGGACCCUCUCUAUCUGAUAUUGCCCUAUAUGAUUAAAUCUGGCCAAGAGGGGAAAUUCCAGCCUGUGGAUCAAGUUGUUAAGGAUGAUGAGUUUCCAGCGAGCUCCAGGCUGCUCAGAUGCACACGCUCCCUGACCAGCCUGCACCACAUUGCAGAGGAAAAAGAGGUCGGAAGCCUGAAGUUUCAUCGCUACAGUCGAGAACGAACCAUGAACUGGUUACAAAAGAAGGUGGAGAGAACCAUCGCUGCCCUGAAGAAGAAAAAUAUCUGUGUGGGAGAAGGAGUGAAAUCCACAACUUAUGUCAGAGUCAAGUCUGAGUCAGACGACCGGGAGGAAGACUACCUUCGCUACGCUCACGGUCUGAUAUCCGAGUACAUCAGUGAAGAACUGAGCAAAGCUCUCCUUAAACACUUGGGGUUACAAGAGCUUAAAAGUCCGAAGGAAACAGAGCCUCCGUCUAAGAAGCGGAAACUUUCCGACAAGCCGGUGGAGGCUGGAGAAGACUACACAAAAUUCAACAGUGCAGACUUUGCACGGAAACCACCCAAGAAGAUGACAGCUGCUCAGAAAACUUUGGCUAAAGUGGACAAGAGUGGCAUGAAGCCAAUGUCUUCUUUCUUCAGCCCAAAGACCAAAGCUGAAAAGAAGUGAAUGUGUUGUGCUGUUUGGAUUCGCCUGACUCAUGUUUUGUAAUAAAGGAAAGAAAAACCUA